AUGGCUCCCGCAGCUACUUCCACCCUCCCAACAGCCCCCCACAACCUCACAGCUCCCAUUGACAUCAACCUCUUCCCGGAUGGCUUGAAGACAACCGGCCAGCACAACCCUCUCUACGACCACAUUGUCCCCUUCGAAAAGUUCCCCAAGAAGAUCACCGGCCCCACAGUCUGGGAUCCAGAGGAGUACCGCUCCAACCCAGAGAAAUGGACACACGUCUUUACCGACGAGCAAAUCGCCGAGCUCAGCACGGCCGCUGAUGCCUUCCUCGAAUCCAAGACUCCCCUAACCGGCAUCUCAAAGAAAAACUUCAUCCUCCCCAACCUCGCCAGCUACCUCCACACGCUGCGCGCCGAUCUAAUCGACGGCAAAGGCUUCAUCCUCUUCAAAGGCUUCCCCGUCGAAAAAUGGGGCAACCACAAAUCCGCCGUCGCCUACAUGGGUCUCGGCACUUACCUAGGCUACUUCGUAAGCCAGAACUCUCGCGGCCACGUCCUCGGCCACGUUAAAGAUCUCGGCGAAGACUCCACACAAAUCGACAAAGUCCGCAUCUACCGCACAAACGCCCGACAGUUCUUCCACGCCGACGACUCCGAUAUCGUCGGUCUCCUUUGCAUCACUAAAGCACUCGAGGGCGGCGAGUCCGAUCUCGUCUCUUCUCAUAAUGUCUUCAACACACUUGCCGUUGAACGUCCUGAUAUCCUACGCACACUCACUGAACCGAUCUGGUACUUUGAUCGCAAGGGUGAGACGAGUAAGGGUCAAGAUGAAUUCAUUCGUACGGCUGUUGUUUACCUUGAGCGUGGCGAGAAUGGUCGUGUUUACACCAAGUGGGAUCCGUACUACGUCCGUUCCCUCGGCCGCUUCAGCGACGCAGGAAUUAUUCCCCCUCUAUCCCCCGCACAGACCGAGGCUCUGCAGGUUCUGGAAGAGACAUGCCAGCGUCUAUCGCUGCACAUGAUUCUUGAUAUUGGUGAUAUCCAAUUCCUUUCCAAUGCGCAUAUCCUACAUGCUCGUACAGCGUACAAGGAUCAUGCGCCUCCUUUGCCUCGUCGUCAUCUUAUGCGACUGUGGCUUGCGACGCCUGAGCAUGAGGGUGGUUGGAAGUUGCCUUUCUGGGAUAGUAAUGAGAAGAAGAGGGGUGGUAUUCAGGUUGAUGAUCAGGUUCCUGUUGCUCUUUUGGAUGCAGAGUAA